CCGACCGAUAAAUUAUGCAUUUGAGGACAAUAACGUUUCCAUUGCGGGCGGAGCUUGUUAGUUUAUAAAGGAGGGUCGUACGGUCAUUCCAGUCUUCAGUCUUGCCCCUGAGUUUGAGUUUGGUGACCCUUGAUUCUAAGUUUCAUCUGACUGCCUCUCAGGACCAUGGAUAGCGCAGGAAUGUUAUUUGGUCUCCUGUGCGUCUGUGUACUGUCCGCCAUCUCUAACGGACAGGUGUCAAAGGAAGUUUCGGCAGAAGAUGCUGGGCCACAGAACUCUGCAGUGUCUGCGGAGAGAGAUUUGUUGCAGGCAAUGGAGGCACUCCUGGGAAGAUAUCACGACCAGCUGCCAAGUGCGGAGAAAAGAGGCAUCCCCUUGUGUGCGAUGGGUUCCCGUUGUGCCAUGAGAUACGGACCACGCUAUGGGACUCUAUGCGACUGUGGCCGGGGGAGUAACUGCAACUCUUACCUUCUCAAGUGCAUAUAAGAGCUUCACCAACACCACAGCACAACUACCACUGUUCUACCACCAAGAGAUAUCUACCGGUGUGCGCAGUGUCCAAAAAUAUUUACUUGCGUUGUAAUUACCUUUGAGCAUGAGUAUGGUAUAACAUGUACAAUGUUUUUUUUUUAAUGUGUUUGUUUAUGAUGAUGUUUGUGAAUGUUGUAAACUUUAAUGGGAGAAAUAAAGGUAUACCUGUAA